UCAGAAUUUUUUGGUCGAUUUCGAUUGGAGUCAUGAAUUUACUCCAAUUUCUGUCGUUACUUUUGGCUGUUAACUUAUGCAUUGCUCUUCUUUAUCCUGAAGUUUCAGGAAAUAAGACAGAUGUUGAAGAAACAUCUUCGAUAAGGACGAAAAGGGCAAUGAAUAGAUCCCACUCGGGUUCUACUACUGAUUCAAAUUCAGGAUCUUCAAACGGUGGAGGCUACGGUGAAGGUAGAAGAAGAAACCGAAUUUCUAAUAAUAAUUCAUCAACAACAAGAAGCCGAGGAGGAGGAGGAAAUGGUGGUGGAAAUAAUUCAAGCAGAAAUGGAGGCGGACGAAAAGAAGGAAAAAGAGGAGGAAAUGGAAACAGGAGACAACAAGAUUCGAAUUCUUCAACUACUCCUUUAGAUAACGAAGAAUGAACGACUAAUUUUGCGAGUUCCGAUAUGAUUUUGAAAAAUAAGCAUUUUUUUUUGUAAUAAAUUUC